GGUCAUUGAUACAAAAUCACAUGACCGGAAGUAUGGCCUGAUCUCUUCUGUAAUAUGUGUAUAUUAAUAUCUCUUUUAAUGCCAGUGAAUCCAGAAUCAGAGUAAAAAAUGUCUGGAGUGAAAUGACAGCGUGUCAACUACUGAAUACUAUAAGAGGGAAAGUGACACUUUGCUUAAAAGAGAGCACAAAAGCAAAAAAGAAGAGAAGUUCAGCUAGAACAAAGAAGUUAUUGUGCGAUCGCUGGUUUAAACAAUAUUAAAUCUGACCAAAAACUACGAGACUGGCACUGAUGCUGUAUAAAGGCGAGUUCCACACGGUGUGAGCUCAGUGUAUCACUCAAGAAUAUCGAGCAAGCUAAGCACCGAGCCCAAGACGAAAUGAGUGCUGACAAAGUGACAAGAGAUGGCAAACUAAAGAAUUUGGAGUGUCUCUUCACAUGGGACGUGGACAAAGAUGACAUCAACGACUUGAAGGGUGUCCCAGAGAAGCUCCUUGACCGCAUCAAGUUCUGUCCUCGCAAGUACCACGCCACUUACUUCAACAUCCUGGCCUUUGUGAGUCACCUGCAGGAGGAGCCCGACACCGCCCUUGCAUACCUGGGCAAGUCUGAAGCAUUGCUGAAGGAGGACAAUCGAGAUGAGGCGGACUUCCUGGUCACCUACUCCAGCUUCGCCUGGCUGCACCAUCACCUGGGCAACACGGAUGACAUGGAGACUUACCUAGGCAAGGUGAAGAGCACAGGUGAGGGCAGAGAGAUCGCUGUGGAAGCAGAGAAAGGGUGGAGCUUCUUAAGGUUGGGGGCUAAGUUCUAUCCAAGGGCCAAGGAGGGCUUCCAGAAGGCUCUGGAAGCCAAGCCUGACAGUGUGUCCUACAACGUGGGCUAUGCUGUGGUCCUUUACCGAUUGGAGGGGCUCGUUGUGACGGAUGUUAAGGUCAAGCCCAAAGACAGCCUUGCAGCCAAACAGUUACAGAAAGCCUUGGACCUCGACCCCACCGACGCUGAGGUGAUGGUCCUCUUAGCCCUGAAACUCCAAGGCUUUAAUCCUUUGAAAUGCAGAGAACUGAUCAACAAGGCCCUCACAAAGUGUCCAGACAGGCCCCAGAUAACCAGGUACGCUGCCACAUACUUUAGGAGAGAUGGUACCACUGAGGAAUCCAUAGAAAUUCUCGAGGAGGCCGCCAAGAGAGCUCCCAACUCCUCCUUCCUCUACCACCAGAUGGGUCUCUGCUACUGGCAAAAGAUGGUCAAUAUGAAGCAGUCCGGGUUGAGGGCCGGAACCCCACAGGUCAAGUCCGCCACCACCGAAAGCAUCCGUCUCUUCCGGAAGGCCGUGGAGCUGAAGCCAUCAAACACAUUCGCCUGGGUGCACCUGGCGGGAGCCUAUGGAGAAAGCCGACAGCUGGAGAAGGCCGAGCCCAUUUUCAUCAGGCUGCUUACAGACGAGUCCCUGACCGAUGCAGAGCAACAGCACUGUCACACCAAGUAUGGGGAGUUUCUGAUGUACCAGAGGAAGAACAACACCAAGGCCAUAGAGCAGUUCAAGAAGGCGUACAAGAUCAGGAUCGACUGCAGAGACCGGAGUCAGGCUCGGAAGAAACUUCGACAGAUAGCGGAUAGAGCCCGGGACGGUGACGACAUCUUGGCAUUUCUGUCUGCAGUAGACAAGCAGGACAGGCAGCCAGCUCCAGCAGCAGCAGCAAAUGUCAAUGGGCUUGCUGACAGCUUCCAAACAAAGAUGACUUUAUAAAAUGAAAAUACAUGCAUGCAUGUUUUUCAAAGCUAUCUGAAACCUAAUGUUUUAUGUCUGCAUAUUUAUUUAUUUAUUUAUUUUUUACCAUUUUUACAAAUGGCUGAAUUUUACGGAAUAUUAUUUGCUGGUGUAGGCUUAAUCUUUUAUAUACUCUGCUAUUAGUAAAUGACAUAAACAAACAUUAAGAUAUUUACAUUUAUGUACAUGAAUGCUGUUUUUAGUUUUCUUUAUGCUUAAUAAAUGUUUCAGCUCUGAAUAUCUGCUGGUGUGUAAUAUUGGUGUACCAAGUAGUCUAUAGCUCAGUUUGCAUGUGAAAUCAUAUUUUGUUUUGUGAACAAUAAAUAAAAAUCCAUUCAGUGGUCUAAACAUG